AAGUUUGCGAAAUACGAUUCCCGCUUCGAUUCUACGAUUCAAUCUAAAGCAGCGCCAAAUUAAUCUUCUUUCUCUCUUCUAUUUAAAUUCCUCACUCUUCUCUGCGGAUACCCGAACCGAACCAACCCGGUCCGACCCGAUUCAUCCUCUCAGAAAAUGUUCGGAAGAAUCAGAGCUUCACCGUCGUCGCUGGACACUUUAGAAGGUUCUCCUCCGUCAAAGAUUCUCAAAGACGAUUCUUUCUCUAUCUACGAGGCUACUUUAAUGAAGCUUAAACUCGGAGCCAAACGCGAUACACCGUCAGUGCAAAUUGACGAGGAAGAAGAGUUUAAAAAAGAUUGUUCAGUUACUGAUGAAGUAAGUAUGGAUGUAGAUUCUACUCCAGCAACAGAAAUCGCUUCAAACUCUCCGACAUUGAUGGGAAGAGAUUAUUCUUCUUCUGUAACCAACACAUCACCUAUUGUUGUUACUAGAUUGGGUGAAAGUGUUUCUACUGAGAAUAACUUAGAACAGCCACGGCAAAAUAAUGUUUCAAUUCUUCAUUUUUUUAAUAAAAUUAAGGAUCCUGGAUAUGAUUCUUCGUCGUCGAUGAAGAACAGUUGCUGUGGAUCUGCUUCGUCGUUGGGUUCUGUUGGAUCUGAUGGCACAAGAAGUGAAUUGUGUGAGUGAGUGAAUAAGUGAUAGUUUUUAUUUUAUUUUAUUUGGAAGCAUGAAUGUGGGUAAUUUAUGCCUACUGCGUUUACAUUAUAUUUGUCAUAUUGUGUUGUAUUGUAUUGUAUCUUGCUCUUUACAUUACACUCUAUGUGUAUCAUGAAUUAUUUAAAAUUUAAAUACAACCAAAAGUUUGGUGAA